CGUCCUCAGCUUCCUUGAGCAAGUGGCCUAACCCCCACCACCACAGACCACACCACCAUCAAUAAACGUCCACUCACAGCCCCGGCCUCAGAGUGACAGCUCUUCUAUCUGUCGUUAGAUUAUCACCCCGCAGACCUGUUUCCUGUUGCGUACUCCCAACAUCCUCGUUUUCUAACGUGUCAUCGCGAGCGGCCGCGGGUGGAUGAGGGUGCGUGUCAGGGGCUGGAGGUUCAUAGCUCUUGAGAGAGCGGUGUUUGUCUAGUCUCAUCCCGCGGUCGAGGUGUUUUCAUCCCCUGGCCUCCCUGUCUUCAGCUCCUCCGGACGAAGAACACCUCCUCCCAGCCACAACCACAUGGAGCUGUCUGCCCCCCCUCUCCUCCUCCUCCUCCUCCUCCUCCUCGUCUCCCCUCCACCCUGCGCCAGCGACCAGCCCGGCCCCCCCAAGCCUCCGGAGCCCUCCCGCCUGCAGGGGUCCGCCCCGGUGGUGACGGGCCGUCCGUUCGUGGUGGUCUGGAACAUGCCCACCGCCCACUGUGAGACCCUCUACGGGGUGCAGCUCAACCUGGGGGACUUUGACAUCGUGGUGAACUCACAACAGCACUUUGACGGACAGAACAUGACCAUCUUCUACCGCGACCGCCUGGGGCUGUACCCCUUCUUGUCCCACGACGGCGCAAGGGUCAACGGCGGCCUGCCGCAGAGCGCCGACCUGGGGGCCCACUUGGCCCUCGCCGGGGGCCAAUUCUCCCGCCGGCUGCGCCCCGACUUCGCGGGGCUGGCCGUCAUCGACUGGGAGGAAUGGCGCCCGCUGUGGGCGCGCAACUUCGACUCCAAGAAGGUGUACCGCCGGCGGUCGGUGAAGCGGGUGCGGGAGACGCGGCCCGACCUGAAGGGGGCGAAGGAGGUGACAGGGGAGGCCAAGAGGGAGUUUGAGGACGGGGCGCGCCGGGUGAUGGGGGAGACCCUGCGCCUGGGGGUCACGGAGCGGCCAGGCGGGCUCUGGGGGUACUACGGGUUCCCCGCCUGCUACAACGAUCCACAGAAUAAACCCAGAGGGGCUAACUACACGGGGGAGUGCCACCCGGGCACCAGCCGGCUGAAUGACCGGCUGGACUGGCUGUGGAGCGAGUCCACCGCCCUGUACCCCAGCAUCUACCUGCCCCAGAGGCUGGCUGGGGCCCCGGAGUCUGCGCUCAUGGUCCGACACAGAGUGCUGGAGGCUCUGAGGGUGGGCUCCGUCUGGCGUCAUGACAACACCUCGAAGGCCACGCCCGUCCUCCCUUACGCCAGGCUGGCCUUCGCGCACACACUCGACUUCCUCAGCGUGGCGGACCUACAUCAUACCCUCGGGGAGGCUGCAGCUCUAGGGGCGGCUGGAGUUGUGCUGUGGGGAGAGCUGGAGUUCGCCAGGUCAAAGGACCAGUGUGUGCUCCUGAGGGACUACCUGCACGGCACGCUGGGCCGAUACGUCCGCAAGCUCCGGAAGCGAUCCCACCGCUGCAGCCAGCGCCGUUGUCACGGCAACGGGCGCUGCGCCAGGCGCCGGCCGGGCGUCGGUCACAUGGUCCGCGACGAGACGUCCGGCGAGCACGGCCAGUCGUUGUUCGCGAAGCACUUCCUGUGCCACUGUUACCACGGCUGGGGCGGCCAUCGUUGUGGAGAGAGCACGAAGUAGGAGCGCUCCAGAUGACAGUUUAGGACCGAACACCGCUCGGGUUGGGCCGUCGUCAUCGAUGAAACUUAAAGGUGGCAUAUUAUACCACCAGGUGUCAGUGUGAAUAGCCGUUUAGAAAACGCCUUGUAGAAAACGGCUUGUAACGGCUAUUCACACUGACACCUGGUGGUAUAAUAUGUCACCUUCAACUUUAUUUUACUUAAUUGUAAAAGUGCCUUGGCUUUGAAACUGUAAGAAUGCUGAAUAGAUGGAUGGGCACGUAGGCCACCAUUACAUUUAUAUGACAUUGAUAUCACUGGAACUAGAAUAUAAGACUUAUUUAACAUACUACUGUUUAUUUUCCUUAUCAUAACCAACUCAUUUGCAGCAUUGAUUGUAUUCUCGAAACAAAAAGCCUUCUGUGCAGAUUGUAAGUCUUCAGUGCCAUGCGUGCUAUCAAGUUGCUCUUAAUUUCAAUUUCCAAAGGCUCUUUCACAUCCUGGAAAGAGUUGGGCCAGUGUCCAGACUGUGAAGAAAACCUGUCUUAAUAUGCCACUGCCAAGUCUCAGCUCUGAAUAAAUAAUCACACGUGUUUGCAAAAAAGA